UAUAAUUGUCUACUUUCAACAUAUGCCACAAGGCGCAUUAAUUCUCCCUAUUUACAUAUAAUUUAGACAAACAGAAGCCCAGGAGUAGAAAUUUAUAGAGUUAGUACCAUGGCGGGCAAUGGCGACGGAGAUAUGGCGGCCAUUCUGAAGCCUUUUCACGAUCGAGCCACAGAAGCCGAGGAACGCUUGGCAAAACUAGAAGCUGAAUUAGGAAGAAAUAAAGGAAACUCUGUAAUGGGACAAGAGGAGUUGCUGACAAGUAUAACAGAGCUCCAGUCGAAGUUGGAGAAAGCUAGAUUAGAACAAAUUUCUGAAAAGGAGAAAGCUCUAAAAGAACGGGAGAAACUGGAAAUCGAAAAUGCCAAGCUAAAAUAUCAAAUUGCUCAUCUUUUGCGGUCUCUAAAAGAAGCAGAUGAAAAAUUGGCAAUGGCAUCUUAAAGGUUGUAUUUGAUGGCGCUUAUAGAGGAUGUUAUGAAAACAUUCUAUUAGCAUGCCUAUUCAUAUUUUCAAACAGACCAGAUCAGACAAGCUUGUAACCAGGUCAGACAAGCUUGUAGUUGUAACAAAUAUAUUCAUGUUAGUAGCUAUUUAUACACAGUUUAUUUGGUUAAUAUCUGGUAAACAUGUUCUAUAUGUAGUCAUUAUACAUACACAGUUUAUUUGGUUAAUAUCUGGUAAAAAUGUUCUAUAUGUAGUUCAUUAUACAUGAGCAAUUUCCAUUGAGGAGCCUAUUUCAUUUUAA